CCCAGCCUCUACUAAUAUCCUCCGCAUUAUCCUCCACGUGAAUCGCAUUUCCAACAAACAAAAUGACAAACUAGGCAGUGCGCGUACAUACUGGCGUUAGACUGGGGCCCGGGGUUUACAUGUUGUUACAACUUUGACGCCCGGAAAAAGUCCCCACAAUUGGUGGGAAUUAAGCGGCCAUGGCAAGCCGCACCUUAGCCGUAUUGUAGCGGCGUUGAAUUGUCUUUUAUGCCGAUCCCGGCUUUGCAACGUCAAUGUCCUGUCACAGCAUGCACAGCUUGUAUGCUGUGCCCUACUCGGGCGCACGCUGGAAUUUGCAUGGGGGAGACUGGCUUACGGAUUAUGUUUUCCAUUGCACCUACCACUGAGAUUCCCUCACUCUGCCAAAACCCAGAAAAUUGAUGCCUCGGACCGACGUGACCUGUGACCCCCAAACUUUCUACCACUUCGUAGACAAUAGGUCGCUGAUUGUGGUAUUGGGGAUAUCGGCGUUUAUCGCCACCACUUCAGCUAUAUGUGCACUUUGCCUACUGGGAAAUGUGUUGUAUCGGUGGAAUCGACAUGGAUGGAAGCGUCAUUUCCGCCCUCUCGAAGUAACCUUUGCGUUCUGGAUUUUUAUGGACGUCAUUCAGAGUUCAAGUCGUGCCCUGACAUUUAGAUGGGCCGUUUCGGGAGCAGUAGACCAUGGAGGGGGGUACUGCAUGGCUCAAGGUGUGCUAGAGCAGUUUGGUGAUGCGGGGACGGCCCUUGCAGCAUUUUUAGUAGCUGUACUAGUCGUCUCAUACUACCGCCGAGUCACCAUGAUCGUUGACCAUCCAAGGGCCGUUUCAUGGGUUUUAAUUCUUUUCUUUGCGAUGGCUCUGGUCAGCCUCAUCAUCCUACCCACCACUAUGAUUCGUAACUUCUAUGGAAAUGUUGGGCUCUGGUGCUGGAUACUCCACGGUGGUGCGUCAAGAAACACGCUGCAGAUAGCUUCUUGCUAUGCGUUGAUGCUGCUUGGAGCACUUGCAUCGGUCGUUGGGUAUGGCUAUGUGUUUAUAGGGACCCUCAAUGAAACUAAUCUGGCGAGACGGGAUGGUGGGUCUGCGGAUUUCCUCCCCAUGUACACAGUGGAGGAUGCAAAACGGAUGAUGUGGUAUUCUCUUGCGUACGUUAUCGAAGUGGUGCCCUUUGUCAUCAUCAGACUGGUGACUUUCUAUGCAAAGUUUCCAUGCCCCGGGGUCCGAGCAGGAUGGAAUGUAUUUGCAAUCUCUUUGCUUGGGGCCUCCGGCCUCAUCAACGUUCUUCUUUGGAUAAUCACUGGACGCCGGUUCGGAUUUGCAACCGAAGAGGAACGAAGGAGAGAUGUAGGACCAGCACAUUCCGAUUGUUCUUGUAGAUGUCAUGGCUGUGCGUAAGAUCACGCUAUUAUGUUGGAGAACAGCGUGUCAUUGUGUGGCUGUUUGCAAGCGCAAGUGCGAUUGGACAACAGUGUUAUAUUCACCGCCUUUGAUAAAGCAUAAGCUGCAUCGAUGUUGCAUGGUGUAAAGAAAUGAAGCACUCCAUUCGUCGCAUCCAAUGUUUUCAUUCCUCACCUAGCUUCCUCGGCGUCGUAGUCAGGGAUUUUGGUAGCAUAUUAUUUCCUACCUUACGAAGGACAACAUAUUGAUUGCGUGGCACCUGUAAUCGAACGCCGGCUCGGCAUAAUUCAAUUGAUAUGUUCGGC